AUGUCAGGUUCUGCAGGUUUUGAUAGACAUAUUACAAUCUUUUCGCCAGAAGGAAGAUUAUAUCAAGUAGAAUAUGCAUUCAAAGCAAUCAAUUCAUCUAAUAUUACCUCCAUUGGAGUAACAGGUAAGGACUCUGCUGUUCUUAUCUCGCAAAAAAAGAUCCCAGAUAAGUUAUUGGAUCCAGAGACCGUGUCCUAUAUUUUCAAAAUCACACCGUCGAUUGGAUUAGUUGCUACUGGUUCGAUUGCAGAUGCCAGAGCACAGGCAUUGAGAGCACGUUCAGAGGCUGCCGAAUUUCGCUACAAAUAUGGAUAUGAAAUGCCCGUAGAAAGUUUGGCUAAAAGAAUGGCAAACUUAUCCCAAUUAUACACUCAAAGAGCUUACAUGAGACCAUUGGGUGUUGCAUUGACAUUCUGUCAAGUUGAUUUUGAAGAUGAGGAUAGGGGAUCACAAAUCUUCAAGUGUGAUCCUGCUGGUUAUUAUACUGGUGUUAAGGCCGUUGCCACUGGACCAAAGCAACAAGAAGCAACGACUUAUUUAGAAAAGAAAUUUAAGAAGAUAGAGCAUGUAAAAGGUGACUGGAAAGAUACGGUUGAAUUUGCUAUUACUGCUUUGAGUUCAGUAUUAGGCACUGAUUUUAGAAAAAAUGAUAUUGAAAUUGGAGUUGCUACUGAAGAAGGUUUCCGCAUUUUAAAUCCAGAAGAAAUAGAUGAAAGGUUGGUCACUAUUGCUGAACAAGAUUAA